UUUUAAUUUCUUCCCGACAGGUGAUUCUCCAUAGAAAGAGGAAAACUAAACGGGAGUGGGUAGCCCUUCCAUUCCAUCGUCAAAGCGCGGAUCUCAAAUCAAUCGGUCCUCCAGAAAGAUAAAAGAGAGAGAGAAAGGAGGGGACAAAAACAUUCUAGAUUACAUAUACAGUUUAGAGAGAGAGAGAAUAGUGUUGUGAUUGAACGGUGUGCCCCUCCUGAACGCAUUUUAGGGAAGAGUUGUUUUGUUCGAUGUUGAUCUAUCUCUCUCUCUCUCUCUCUCUUCUUUUCCCCCGCUUUGUAUAUCUCAACUCCAUUCUGCAGAGCACGCCCCUCUUUCUAAGUAGCAACAGCAACUCUUGUUAGGGUCGUAAUGGACUUUCAUCUUCAUAUCAUUCCAGGUUUUAAUUUGUCGUUGAAGUGAUUGGCAUCAUGGGUAUUGCUGGGAGGUGGUUCAGGACAUUGGUUGGUCUUAGGAAGUCAGACAAGUCACAAUCGUCCGAAAAGAACAAUAAUAGAACUGAGGAUGCUAGUAAUUCAAAUCUGUGGCACCGGAAAAAGAAUGUUGCAAAUGGUAACACAACCUCCGGGACGGAAGGUUGCGAUGAUGCCGAAGACUGCAUCAUCCUAUCCAGCCCAAUUACAGCCAGUUCUUCAAAUGGUGCUCAUGAUAUACAGACUGCUAAUCAAUUAGAACAAAAUGUGAGAGAAGAAUGGGCUGCUACAUACAUUCAAACUGCUUUUCGAGCAUUUUUGGCGAGAAGAGCACUCCGAGCAUUGAAAGGACUAGUGCGACUUCAGGCCCUUGUCAGGGGCCAUGCAGUGAGAAAGCAAGCUGCAAUAACUUUGCGCUGUAUGCAGGCACUGGUAAGAGUUCAAGCACGAGUCAGAGCCAGGCGAGUUCGUAUGGCACUAGAGAGUCAGUUUGUACAACAAAAACUGCAACAACAACUUGUCCAAGAGGCUUAUGUUCGAGAAAUCGAGGAAGGCUGGUGUGAUAGCAUUGGCUCUGUGGAGGAAAUUCAAGCCAAGUUGAUAAAGAGGCAGGAAGCUGCAGUCAAACGUGAAAGAGCUAGGGCAUAUGCUUUAACUCAUCAAGAUAUGGUGGUGGAAGGUUUCGAGAGGAGGUUGGAGCCACCAGAGGAGCUUGUUCUCAUAUCAUGGGCGAGGAUGUCCUUUUGUGACAAAGUCCAGUACAGGGGAUUUUUUGCUUAUUUUCUACCAUGGCAGGCAGGAUCGAGGCAGCUUCAAGCUCCGGUGGGGGGAUUUGAGCCUGAUAAAACCAACUGGGGCUGGAAUUGGUUGGAGCGCUGGAUGGCCGUUCGCCCCUGGGAAAACAGGUUUCUCGAUAUAAAGCUCAAGGAUGGGGUCACCUUGCGUGAUGACACAGACGACGCAAAGAUUGGUGGUGUUGGUCUCCCAAGGCAUCAAAUGAAACUGCCCUUGGCUGCUAGUGUCAAGAAGUUUUAUGCUCCUUCUAUGAUCCAAAACGACAAUAAUAAGGGCACAAUGGCAUCUCCAUCAGAUGGGAGUGGAUCCUCAUCGAGUACCCCUGCAGCCAAGACCGCCAAGCCCAAGGACCACCUCAUAGCAGUGCAAGAAGCCAAUUCCAUGUCCCUUCGAUCGUCCAGCAACCCAAAAGAACGGCCGGCGCACAACAAUGCCCUAGCCAAGAAAAGACUCUCUCUUUCUGCUACUGCUAGUAACUCAGGUGUCGGAGCUCAAGUGUCACGAUUCCCAUCCAACAAAACUCCACUCGCCAAGUCAGCUCCUACUGUGCAGAAGCUUGGCAAGGAUCAAACAAGAUCAGAUGCAAGGCGUGAUUCAAACCCUCUGAAUUCAGCUCAGCUGCUCAAGGAGUUUGACUUGGAGAGACAAGCCUGAUUGAUCUUAUUGAUUUUAUGAGUCUUAGAUGUGAAAAAUGGUGCUGAGGCGGGAUGUGUGUUCCGAUGAUGUUGUAGUUGUAUAUAUCUUUUCCUUUCUCUCUCAUUCUCAUUCCAUCUCUGUCUAUUAUUUAUACUGUUGAACCCAGAGAGCUCAUUGCUGAACCAUUGGAGUGGCAUGGAAAAGCUGGCAAAUGGUGGCUGAAUUCCACGAUUACUUGUGCAUUUGCAUUGAUGUGCAUGGUACUUGUAGGACUGUUGUAAUUCUAUCUAUUAUCAAGGUCAUCGUUACUGUCAUUUGAAGCAA